ACAUCUGGGAAGAUCAAUGAUCUGUUCAUUUAGAGCCAAAACCUCAGUGCUUCUCAAGCAGUGUGUUUUCACCAUGAGUGGCUGCCCAUUCUUAAGAAAUGACUUUGAAUAUGAUUUAAGAAAACUGUCUUUAGAAGGCAAUGAAGAGGACAAAUCACAAACUGGUGUAAAUAAAGCCAGCAAAGGAGGACUUAUCUAUGGGAAUUAUUUGCAUUUGGAAAAAAUUUUGAAUGCACAGGAGCUUCAAAGUGAACUAAAAGGAAAUAAAAUCCAUGAUGAACACCUUUUCAUCAUAACUCAUCAAGCUUAUGAACUCUGGUUUAAGCAAAUCCUCUGGGAAUUAGAUUCUGUUUGUGAGAUCUUUCAGAAUGGCCAUGUCAGGGAUGAAAGGAAUAUGCUUAAGAUUGUUACACGAAUGCAUCGAGUGGUGGUGAUCCUUAAACUACUGGUAGAGCAGUUUUCUGUCCUGGAAACGAUGACAGCCUUGGAUUUCAAUGACUUCAGAGAGUACUUAUCUCCAGCAUCAGGCUUCCAGAGUUUACAGUUCCGACUAUUAGAAAACAAGUUGGGUAUUUUUCAGAGUUUAAGAGUCCCUUACAACAGGAGACAUUAUCGUGAUAACUUCAAAGGAGAAGAAAAUGAACUGCUACUGAAGUCGGAGCAGGAUAAAACACUUUUGCAACUAGUGGAGGCAUGGCUGGAAAGAACACCAGGUUUAGAGAAACAUGGAUUUAACUUCUGGGAAAAGUUGGAAAAAAAUAUUGUUAAAGGCCUGGAAGAAGAAUUCAGUAUGAUUCAGGCUAAAAAUGAAUCAGAGGAAAAGGAGGAACAAAUGGCUGAAUUUCACAAACAAAAAGAGGUGUUACUCUUAUUAUUUGAUGAGAAACGCCAUGAGCAUCUUCUUAGUAAAGGUGAAAGACGACUCUCAUACAGAGCACUUCAGGGGGCCUUGAUGAUAUAUUUUUACAGGGAAGAACCUCGAUUCCAGGUCGCUUUCCAGUUGCUGACUUCUCUUAUGGAAAUAGACACACUCAUGACCAAAUGGAGAUAUAACCACGUGUGCCUGGUGCACAGGAUGCUGGGCACCAAAGCCGGUACUGGUGGGUCCUCAGGCUACCAGUACCUGCGCUCAACAGUGAGUGAUAGGUACAAGGUAUUUGUAGAUUUAUUUAAUCUUUCAACAUUUCUGAUUCCCCGACACUGGAUACCGAAGAUGAACCCAAUUACUCGUAAAUUUCUUUACACGACUGAAUAUUGUGACAGCUCUUACUUCAGCAGUGAAGAAUCAGAUUAAAAUUAUCUGCAAAGUCUAUGAAGAGCACUGAUUUCUGUGGGGUUUUUCCUAUGGAUUUUCAUGAAUACACAGACUUCUAAGAUAAUAUAUGUAUAUAUGUAGUAAAACACUGUGGUGCUCUGAUUCAACCCUGGAAAGAAUUUUAUUUCAUUUAUUUGAAUGUUUAAGAUGUUUAAGAUAAGACUAAGCAUUUCUGUGAUGAUA